AUUCAUUCCCAACCAACUUCUGUCUGACCAUUUGUUUACAAUUCAUACCCAAAUUGGAAAAAGAAAAUUUACUCAGCUGUUUGCUGUUUGCUGUUUUGCGUACUCUGUUUUUGGGCCUCUGUAAAUUGAAACGUGGAAUUGUGUGAUUUUUUUUUGUUUGGUUGUUGAAGUUACCUUAAUCUUUUUGGGAACUUGUUACAAUCUUUCAAACAUCAAUUUUAAAAAAAUUUCAAUCAGUUCCAAAAAGAUUAAAUUAAACCCGCCAAAACAGGACAAAAUCCAAUCCCUCCAAAAAAGCUUUCAUUUUUGAGCCCUCUUUCAGCAAUGUUUGCAUGAAACCAAAACCAAUUACUGUAAUACUGUUACAGUUACCAUUUUCUUGAGAGAGACUAAGAUAGGAGGGGACCCGCCACCACCACCGGUUCUACCACCGUCACGGCCGCCUGAAUUUGGAAUCUCCGGUUUCAACAACCGUAUGGAUCAACCUUCUUCGUUCUUCUUGCCGUCUCUUCUCGCUCCCGGGAACUACCCUUUUCUGUUGCAGCAAAGCAACAACCACAACAGCCAGGAAGUGGAGGAUGAGAAUUAUUCUCUAAUUACCGGUGGCUGUUCUUCCACUCCUUCUGGGUUCUUCUUAGGAUCUCUACAAGAUCAAAACCCAGCUUUUAUUUCCUCUAAUUUGGCUGAUUAUGAUACUACAAAUGCUGGUAACGGCGCCAAUUCAGUUGUUCCACGGAAUUCCGGGACCCAGUUUGGUCCUUUUUCCGGCUGGGCAGCAACUGCUGAUGACGACUAUGGCGGCAUUGUUCCCUGCUUUAAUGCUAGCCAAAAGGCUAAUGCUGCUGAUUCUAUCACUGGAGAAAACUUUCAGAUGCCUCCUCCUGUUUUUGAUGGACUAAGCCGAUUACCGUUUUUCGGAUUUAACAACAAGCUGGAAUGUGGUGGAAGUGAGACUAAUAUGAGCUUUGAGUUGGAAGAAGAGGAAGGGGAGGAUGGGUCGGCGGAGGACUAUUUUCGGAGGGAAGAAGAUGGAAAUCAGGGCCGCAUGUUGGAGUUUGAGAGGAAAGAGAAUGAUGAUGUUUCCAAUGCUAAUUCGGUUGUUUUCAGCACGGACAGAAGAGAACAACAGGAAAAGGGGGGAAAGAAGGUGGCUGGAAAGCUUCCAGCUAAGAAUCUGAUGGCUGAGAGGCGGAGGAGAAAAAAGCUUAAUGACAGACUUUACAUGUUGCGUUCUGUCAUCCCAAAAAUCAGCAAGAUGGAUAGGGCCUCCAUCCUUGUUGAUGCCAUUGAUUACCUAAAAGAGCUUUUGCAAAGAAUCAAGGACAUUAACGAUGAACUGCAGUAUUUAGCAGCUGGAAAUUCUUCUCUGCAAUCCAGUUCAAGCCCUCUUCAACAAACAUCUGCCACCCCCAUCGAGUCCUAUCAUGUUAAAGAAGAAGCCACCAAAAAUCAGAUCAAUCAGCCACCAAUGAUACAUGUUGAGAUAAGAGAAGAAAAUGCCUUUAACAUCCACAUGUUUUGUGCCCGAAGACCCGGUCUCUUGCUUUCAUCCCUCAGGGCCUUGGAUAAUGUUGGACUUGAUGUUCAGCAAGCAGUCAUAAGCUGUUUCAAUGGAUUUGCUUUAGAUGUUUUUAAAGCUGAGAAAUUCAAUGAAGCUAUGGAGCUUCACCAGGACCAGAUCAAAGCUACACUUCAGGAUGCUGCAGCCUUUCACGGUCUGAUGUAGCCACAUGAUGUCCUCACUACGGCAUGCAGACUUCCAACUGUAGCUGUAUGCAAAUUGUGGAAUGCCAUUUUCAGUUUGGAAUGGAAUGUAGAAGAUCUUUGCCUUUUUUUCCAUAAAUAUGAUACUAGCUCUUAAAGGCAGUUCAAUUCCAUGUACAUCUUAAGGACUCCUUCCUUUAGUUUUAGCCUUUCAAUUAGUCAAUGUUUUGUAUUCGUGAACCGAAGAUUGGAAAAUUUUGUGUUGGAUGUUAAUACUGUUGAUGUUUAUAUAUUCCAA